AUGCGUUUCUCAUCGGCCGUUGUCAUUGCCAUUACCCUAGCCAUGGGCUCCGCAAGCAAGAUCAAUAUGAGCUGCCAAUUCGCUCAAGACAAGACCGGCAUGGUGCAGAACCCCUACUGCUGCCGUGAUCUGACAGCCGCGAGAGGAAACCCCAAGGCUAACACGGCCGAAGACUGUGUUCUGCUGACGGAGCCUCAGCUGUGUGAGGAUCAGUCUCGACCUGCCUGUUGUUAUGAGAUUGGCCCGCAGAAGGUCUGUACUUCGCACGUUGUCUUCCAGAACGCCGAGGAUAUCUAG